UCUUCUGUGAACUGAAGUCUCUGGCUUCUUUCCAACUUCAGAGGAUUCUGCAACACUUUCUCUUGAACCUGACCUCCCAUCUCUACUCCCUCACAGAACCCCAGGAACUCUUCCCGAUGCAGCUGCUCCUGCUGCUGCUCUUGGUGUGGGUACAUCACUGGACACUCAGAGCCAAGCCUUCUACUGCCACAGAGUGCAAGGAUGAGAGAUACAAGGUGGAAGUGUUGGAGAUGGUGCUGGUACAGGAAGGUCUCUGUGUCCUUGUGCCCUGCACAUUCACCGGUCCUAGAACCUAUCCUGUUCAAGUUUAUGGCUCCUGGUUCCACACAGGGGCCGAUAGAAGUCAAGACUCUGCAGUGGCCACAAACAACCCAGAACAGCAAGUGCUGAAGGAGACCCGGGGCCGAUUCCACCUCGUAGGGGACAUGCAGAGCAACAACUGUUCCCUGGAUAUCAGAGAUGCACAAAGAGGUGACAACGGUUCCUACUUCUUCAUGGGAAAGCAGCAAAGAAAGUCACAGUGGAGUUCCUGUGGGAAGCCAGUGUCUGUGCAUGUGACAGCCCUCAUAUACAAACCCCACAUCUUUCCGCUGGAGACCCUGAAGCCUGGCUGUCCCAGAAACCUGACCUGCUCUGUGCCCUGGGCCUGUGAAAGGGGGACACCUCCCAUCUUCUCCUGGAUGUCAGCUGCCCUCACCUCCCUGGGCCCAAGGACCACUCUCUCCUCAGUGCUGACCCUCACACCCAGGCCUCAGGACCAUGGCACCAACCUCACCUGUCAGGUGACCUUUCCUGGAGCUGGUGUGACUGUGGAAAGGACCAUCCAGCUCAAUGUCACCUCAGGGAACCCAGGAAGAAAAUCAGCUUCAGGAGUGAUUCUGGGAGCCAUCGGGGGUGCUGGUGUCACAGCCCUGCUCUCCGUCUCCAUCUGCCUCAUCUUCUUCAUAGUGAAGGCACACAGAAAGAAAGCAGCCAGGACUGCAGUGAGCAUGAGCCACAUGCACCCCACUGUUGAGUCACUUUCCCAGUGUCAACAGCAGGACUCCAAGGUUCACAGCCAUGUUGAGGACCCCACCUUGGGGAUAGAGCAAGAAGUACACUAUGCGUCCCUCAGCUUUCACAGGUCAGCGCCUCGGAAGGAAACCUCUCCCUAGUAUGUAGAGAUAUGGACCCAUUGAGGAACCAUCAGGAACAUCACUCUUAGCUGGAAUACUGUGUCUUCUGUGACUGAUUUUCAGAGACUUUCCAUCAUACAAUUCUGAGGUUUCUGCUGAAGCAAAGUCUCUCUUAAUUCCCUUGUGAAUAUAUUUCUCUCAAGACCAGUGAACUGGGCAUUGAAUACUGUCUCUCGCAUGCCCAAGUCUAUAAAGAAUGCUCAUAUCACUGAGGAAAGUCAGGACAGGAACUCAAGCAAUAAGUUGAAGCAGAAACCAUGGAAGAGGGGCUGGAAAGGUAACUCAGAGGUUAAGAACAUGCAGUUCUCUUGCAGAGGACCUGAGUACAGUUUCCAGCACCCACAUCAGGUAGCUCACAAGCACCUGUAACUUUAGCUCUGAUCAGAAGCACGUACCCACAUUGACCUGACUAGUUUAUUGUCAACAAGUUAUUUGAUAAUAGAGACUCCAUUGAGGAAAUGACCCUAUAAGAUUUGUCUGUAAGCAAGUCGGCAGUGCAUUUUCUUAACUAGUGAUUGAUGUGGGAGUGCCCAGCCCAUUGUGUGCCAUGCAACGUAUGAGUAAGUGGUGGUUCUGGGUGCAAUAACAAAGUGAGCUGAUCAAGCCAGUAAGAAGCACUUCUCCAAAUCCUCAGGAUCAGUUCCACCUCCAGAUUCUUGCCUUGAGCACCUGCCCUGAUUUUCCUGGAUGAUGGACUGUUGUCUGAAAUAAACCCUUUCCUCCUCAA